GUUGGCUUUAUGUCUCGUUCAAUGCCGGAGACGUUUGAAGCUAACCGUCCGUUCACUUUCUUCUUGAUGUCCAAAUACGAGGCCAAGAAAAACAUGAUUCUCUUCUCCGGAACAUAUCGGUGCCGACGACUGCAGACCACCGACCGUAUCGGUGCCGACGACUGCAGACCACCGACCGGUGCGGCCAUGAAUAGGGAUCAGACGACUGACGGCUGGGUUCGGGUGUUUGAAGUGAUUGAACCGCAAAGACAUCGCAAGGGAUUCACUGUCUAUAAAGUGGUUUCGCGGAUAUACCACAAGUCGGCCGUCGAUGGCGUCACCGAAAUCGUGGCCCACAAGCGGUACUCGGAGUUCAAACGACUGCACAAGAGUUUGGCUCAUUUGCACCAAUCGUUGCACUUGAAGGGAGUGUUUCCGGCCUUUCCUGACGCCAAAGUCUUCGGCCGUUUCGACGCCGCCGUCAUUGAGACCCGACGCCAGUCGGCCCUCGAGUUGUUGGACUUCGCGGCCAAACACCCGACCCUUUUCACGAGCACUGUAUUCGUCAAGUUCUUCGAGAACUCUGUGACCAAUUUCACGCCAUCGGUGGCCAAUCACGACGUGAUCGACAGUCCCAUCGAUGGCGACACCGAUGGUCUGCCGCAACCGAUGACACCGAGUCUUAGUCCCAGCGAUGAAUGGAGUCAACGAAGUGGUGACACAAUGAGCGGCGAUGACAGCAGUUUCUACUCCACACCGAUUCACGACUCGGCCGACAAUCCGGUCGUUUCCCAACACAUUGUAACCAACGCUCAGACAGUGAUCACAGAAUUGGCCGAUUCGGUGACCAGAACUAGUGAUGACAACAACACACCCGUCAUUGAAUCACCACAAGAGCCGCAAUCCAGUGAUGAUAAGUCGAAGGACUGGUUUUUAUACGCCAUUAAGUCAUGUGAUAGUCAACCAUCCAAUGAGUUGCCGUCAACGCCGACACAUCCAGAAAAUUGUGAUAACGAUAUGAAUGUCAAUAUUCCCGAACCAUUUGCCGAAUUGAUGCCCAAAAGUGAUGAAAAUAAGACUAUAUUUGAAGACAUUCCGAGUAUAACAGUCAGCAAACAGUUUAGUAUUUCACUUGAUUUGGACGACACAUCAGAAGCGGACGCGUCGACCAACACUGCCGUCGCUGACGACGACGGGAAUCAAAACUUAAAUCCGAGCCAAACAAUGAGUGAACCGCCGGCAGUGGUGCCGAUGAUAGACGCAGUGCCGCCCACAUCGUCGGUGUCGGACACGUAUCUCUUAGACGCGGCGAUUAUCUUACGUCAGGCACAACAACACGAAGAGUCGGAGGAAUGGGAGCCGGCGUUCGAGUCGUAUAAGUGUGCGGUCGGUAUACUAUUGCAAGGAGUGGUCGACGAAACCGACACCGAGAAGAAGGCCUCCAUUCGGCGAAAGACAUUCCAGUAUUUGACGAAAGCUGAAGAGAUAUACGACACAUAUCUGUCGCAAACCAAUUCAUUCCAACCGAGCCGUCGAUGGGCGCCGGACAGUCCGUUUAAAUCGUUGAACGCGUCGCUCGUCCAGAGUUGGUUCGGCUCAUCGCACGAGUUGUCGAAAUUCAAAGUGAUUGGAGUGGACUCACGUCGGGUGCAGAUAGUGUUAGACACGACCACUAAUAAUAUUUUCGUUAUUAAAGUCAUCUACAAAUCGAGUAAUCAUAUCGACAGCCGAAACACCGCCGUCUCAUCCACACAGACAUUGUUAUCGACCAAUACAUUAUCGUUAGCCCAGAGUAUAUUCCCGAAUGACAUCCCAUUUAUGGUUCAAAUUUAUCGCAUUUUUAAGACCGAAUACGCGCUGUUUCUGCUCCUCGAGUACGCGAAGGGCGGCAAACUGUGGGACAGGAUUACGGCCAACAACAACAACACCCGGCAAUCCUUCUCUCCGUGUCCUGACUGUACGUUCGCCACCGAUGACCGCGACUACGAACGCAUUGCGGACAACGCUUACAGCGGGCGACGCAUCUCUAGGACUCGAUCGGAGUGCGGCUCACUUACGGACGGCAACGGUUCCGGUGCCCACUAUAGCAACGUAUUUGAGACAAUCAGCGAACAGCAAGUGUUGCGUAAAUCAGAUUCCGUGGACUCGUGUUCGCCGUCCGGAAGUCUGGCCAGUAUUGAGUCCAUCGAUUGUGAUGUGCCGUCGAAGAGCUAUUUGUCGCUUUGCAAUAACUAUGCACUCGAACAGCAACGGUAUCCCCAAAACCAUAGCCUUUUGGCCGACUGUAAGUUGGGAUACAUUUCCGAUUCAAUCGAUAGCAUCGAUUCGAUCACUGAAUACGAGUCCAAAGCGUACGCUCCGUACGAGUUGUCCGAAAGCAAAACCAAAAGCCGUCGGGGGCUGAGCGGUGGUCGACCGCCUCAGAGACAAUCAUCGAUGGAAAGCUUAGGAAUUACUGGACUGUUGGCCAAAGCACGCGGAAUACUCAAGAAUGUCGACCAGACGUUGAAUAUUACCAAAUAUAUGGCCAAAAAUACUAAUCAGAACUCAAAUAUCGUGAAUCGGGCGCAGGAUUUGCGGCCAUCGAAGUCGGAGAUGAGUUUAUCCCAAUUCACUCCGCGAACAAUCGAAGAGGUGUUCCAUCAGAUGGACGGCACGUCUUCCCCGACCACGUCCUCCGGUAACCCCUGCUGUUCGAACCGACCGCUGGUCACCGAAUGGGAGGCUAAAGUAUGGCUCUCGCAGAUUGUCCGGUGUCUACAGAAUCUGCACAAAUUGGGUGCCAUUUAUUGUGACCUCAAACCCGAAAACAUACUGUUGAACGAAGACAACAACAUCUGUGUGUCUUAUAAGUGCUUUUGGAACGAAUCGCAACUCCAUGUGAUGGACGAGUGGGCUCGAGAGCACCUCUAUGUGGCGCCAGAACUCAUUAAAUCCGAAAAAGUGAACCACUUGUGCGACUGGUGGUCCUUCGGUGUCAUCGCCUUUGAGCUCUUGACCGCACGGUCAUUGGUUUCCUAUUAUCCAAAUGGCAUCACAAGCCAUACGUCUCUGUUUUUCCCGGUCUUCAUAUCAUUGGAGGCGAAAGAUCUCAUAAAUAAAUUAUUACAGCCCAACCCUAACGAACGUCUCGGCCGACACGGACCCGAAGAGAUCACUACACAUCCGUUCUUCGAGGGCAUCAAUUGGACCAAUAAUUUGUGACCGAAAUGUCAUCCAAUACUUAUCGAUUCAAUCGAUUUUGGAAAUACAUUGUAUUUAAUGAAUAUUUCAUUGAAAAUAAGUGUCAAUUAAUUAAUUGAAUCGUUAUAUUAAUAGCAAGUUUUGCAUUCAAUAAAUAGCUUCAAUGAUUUUUUGUGUUCGAGUUAGAAAUUAGC